AUGGUUGCGUUUCUUCCAUUCCUUUCAUUCGCUGUGCUGGCUGUCGCAUCUCCAGCCAAGCUUUCAGUCGAAGUUGGCAUCGAUGAUAAAAACUGCGAUGGCAAGUUCGCCAGAACUAGCCCUUCACCCAAUGCCAUAGUCGUCGACGCUUCCGGCAAGCAACCUAACAGCUAUCCCACGCUCGGCGGCGCCGUCGCCGCCCUACAGAACAUCACCGACGACCAGAGCAUCUUCAUCAUGCCCGGCACCUACACCGAGCAGGUCCGUGUCCCCAACUUCCGCGGCAAUCUCAUCAUCCAGGGCUACACCUGCGACUCGCGCGACUACGUCGGCAACAAGGCCACCCUGACCAACAACAUCUCCCGCACCUCGCCCAACAUCACCAACAACGACCAGACCGCCACCCUCCGCCUCUGGGGAGAUAACAUCAAGGUAUAUAACCUCAACGUUGCAAACACUUUCGGCCAGGCCAGAAAGAACGGCAUGGCCCUCGCCGUCAGCGCACAGAAGACAAACAUCGGCUUCUACGGCUGCCUCAUCAGCGGAUACCAGGACACCCUCUUAGCCAACGAGGGAAGACAGAUCUACACAAAGACCGGCCUCAUCGGCGCCGUCGACUUCCUUUUUAGCCAGCGCGGCAUUGUUUUGUUCCAGAUGUGCGACAUCACUACCAUCGGACCCGGCUUCAUCACUGCCAACGGCCGCGACGCCGCCAACAACACCUCCUUCUUCCUGAUUAACAAGGCCAAUGUCACCGGCACCAACGGCACUGCUACCUCCUACCUCGGCCGACCCUGGAGACCCUACUCCCGCGUCGUUUUUCAGAACAGCGAGUUGAGCGACGUUAUUGCGCCCCUUGGCUGGUCUACCUGGGACGACGUGCAAAGCACGGCUAAUGUCUACUUCAAGGAGUACAACAAUUCCGGUCCCGGCGCGAAUGGUACCAGAGCUAGCUUUAGUUCCAAGCUCGAUAAGCCUAUCCAGGCUGAAACCCUUUUGGGUGAGGAUUUCAAGAAGGAGUGGUGGGUUGACGAGUCGUACUUGUAA